UGUGGCGGAAUCAAAAAUAUAUCAAUAUUUCUGGCAAUCAGUUGUGGACCCUUAGCAAUAUUGAUGACUGUCAGACCUUUCGCCGGCCCCGUCGGUUCCGCCAAGGCACAUGAGUGGCACAAUAGUGGGUAUGGCCUUCUCAUUCGACGCACCUUAUGGGUUUCUUUCGAAUUCCGUUUUGGAUCACCAGCCUGUCGCAGCAGCCAGCAAGGUAGGUGCAACUGUACUUAAUUUCAUAUUUAAUUUUCCGUCUAGCAGGGAGCAAUUGUCAGGGCAGGAAGUUUGCUUGCAUAUCUUGCGCGUUGUAAUACGUAUUCUCCCUCAACCCCAGCAGAACGUAAUCGUUGGCAUGGGCGGAACAAACAGAACCACGAAUCUUGAGAGAAGAGAUAAAUGAGCAUUAUUCACAGCAACUGUAACAUCUCCAUAGUAGCUAUAACGCGUCCCCAGCGGUCUAUGUCAAAUAGAUCAUCAGGCAAAAUGCCAGCUAGUCGU